AUGGAAGACGCCUUGAAAAGUGAUACAACGCCGGUUUCAGAGGCCGAACUGAAGCCAACUUCGACCAUUGCACACGACGACUUUGGGUGGUUUUAUGUUGUACCCUACCUUGUAUGGGAGUUCACACGGAGCAACUUUGCCACGUUCGUCAUCCCGAAUUCGACCUUUGGGAUUCUGGGUGCUCUUGUACCUGCAUUUGCUACUGUAGGAUCAAGCGGGCCGCCUACGGCUCUUGAAGUUCUCCAACGAUUUCCCAUCGUCAUCGCGUUUAACUGGUAUAAUGUACUAGUUUUCGACCUCGGCAACCAGCGCUCAGCAGAAUCGAUUCAGGAGGAUCUUCUAAAUAAGCCGUGGCGGCCCAUACCGACCGGGAAAGUUACCCCGGAACAGACCCGGAGGGCUUUGCUUCUUUUCAUCCCAAUCUCACUAUGGCUCAAUUACAGCUUGGGAGUCUGGGAGCAAGGUGUUAUGGUACCUAUUUUGAGUUACCUCUACAAUGAUUUGAGAGGCGGUGACGAGAUCGUCCGAGACCUGAUUAUCGCUGUUGCGUAUGGGGUUGCUCACAGCGCCUCGCUGAAGAUUGCUAUUGGCAAUGACAUCAGUCGAGAAGCGUUUAUAUGGGUAGCCAUAAUUAGCGGUGUCAUUCUGACCACGAUGCAAGUUCAAGACCUGAAGGACCAAGCGGGGGACAAGACGCGAGGACGCCGAACGGUGGUUCUGUUCAUAGGAGAGUGGUUUUCGAGAACAUCCAUUGCCUUCUUCGUGGCACUCUGGUCCCUCGUUUGCACUAGGUUCUGGCACCUCGGUCUACCGGCGUUCGCUUUACCAGGCAUAAUUGGAAUUGUAGUUAUCGCUAGGGUUCUGCUUAAGCGAACACCGACGGAGGAUUCUCAAACGUGGAAGUGGUGGUGUUUGUGGACGAUAACUCUGUUUUCCUUACCUGUGAUUGCGAUGACCGGCAGUUGA